AUGGUGGCAGUCGCGGAUGGUCGCGCCAACAUCCCCAAUGUAGCGAUCGGGGAAGAUUUGUCGGAGGAGAAUACUUACAUCGUUCCCGCAAUUGAUAACAAUUAUUUUGGUAAAAAUGAAAAUCGAUAUUUACCUUCAAAAACAAAGACCACAAGUUUUGCUUUUCCUUACAAUUGUUUCAUUCGAUUUUUAUCACUUGUCCUGUUCUUCUAGGGUCUCGUAGGUGGCAUGACUCUGCCAUUGCUGUAUUACAGCUUUCAAACAUUACCUCUGGAAGAUGCCAUGGCGAUCAUAUCCAGCUCACCGGUGAUCGUCAUCGCGCUUUCCUUCCUCUUCCUGAACGAGCCCUGCAGCAUCCUGCGGAUCCUGAUGACCUGCACAUUCUUCACAGGUGUCAUCCUCAGCAGACCGUUCUUCGAAGACAUAUCUCCCCUUUUUGAAGUUUGGCUUAUUAUCCACAAGAGCUACAAUUUUAUGGGAUAUCUAUGCGCCAUCCUAGCUACCGUUUUCAUGGCGUUCAAUAUCGUUGUCAUGAGAAAAUGCUCGGAGAUACAUUAUUCUAUCCUGCUGCUGAAUCUAUCAUUCUGGUCGUACGCCUCAUCUAUCUUCUUCUACUUUACGGUACACAAUCACAACAUUUAUGAAGUUGUGUUUAUAAACUCUUGGUUCAUUUGGAGCAAAAUUAUCCUGGUAGCGUUGAUUGACCUGUACAGCCAGAUUCUGAUGAUGAAAGCAUUAAAGAUCGAAGGCGCGAGUAAAGUAUCGAUCACCAGGUCGCAGGUCAUCAUACUGGUAUACAUGAUCGAUAUGUAUACACAUGGGUAUACCAAUUUCUUUUACAAUUCAAAGGUACCAACAUUGACUAUUCUGAUAGGGACGAUUCUCAUCAUCUUCUCCGUCAUUGGUAUGAGCUUCGAAAAGAUCUACGCCGUCUGCGAUUUCAGUUGCCUGCGAACAAAACGAUCGAGAUCGAAUAAAUCGCGAGGAAGAAUCUUUGAGGGCGAACAAUCUGAUCUCAAAAUCUGUACUUGUGAGAAGAGAAUAGGUGCAUCUCUCGACAAGAUUUAA